GCGUACUGGUGCUGCGCGCACCUACCCUCAUCAAUGGUGAACUCCAAUGACAUUCCUCGUUCGCCGUGGGGCGAUGGGGCGAUCUACCAUCACGGGGCCAUGCUAAUCUUCUCUAUAUCGUUCCAAUUUUUUUUUUUUUUUUUUUAUAAUAUAAACAAAUUAUAAAAAAUAAUGAAAAAUUUGGACCAUUUCUCGAUUUCCCCUCCCCGCUAAUCUCCUCCUGCGCUAAGAAUACAAAAAUAUGGUGGCGUAUCUUUCCAUAUCCUAUGGGAAAGAUUCGGUCCCCCUUAAGCGGGAACUUUGUGGAAGCGCCGGGGGCGCUUCCAUUCCUUCGCAGGGCGCCUGCGCCCGCUGCCGCCGUUGGGCUCUUGCUGGCCGUCUACGAGAUUCCCGUUCUGGCGUCAUCAGCCGUCUACGAGAUUCCCGUUCAGGCGUUCUCAUGCGUGUGUGCCAUUCCGUGCAUUUGGGCGCGGAUCGACGAGCGGGGCGCUAGCACGUGGCGGUGUUAGGUGAGGUCGUCUCAUGCGUGUGUGCCAUUCCGUGCGUUUGGGCGCGGAUCGACGAGCGGGGCGCUAGCACGUGGCGGUGUUGGGUGAGGUCGGGCAGCAUACCUCGCCAACAAUUGUCAAAAAAAAAAAAAAAAAAAAAAAAAAAGUCCGCUGGGCGGUGUCAGUGGCAGCGACGUGGGGACGGAGGGGAAAUUUCCCCAAGGCCGACGCACGAGAGACGCCAUCAGCAAACAAAACAAUAGCGGCGCAUUGCGGGAGCAGUGCUGGCGAAGCAGCAUCAGCAAGGCGCCACAGCUGCAGGUCGUGCACGCGAGAUUCGACGACGAACGUGCGAGGUAGAACAUCGUCAAGAAUACGGCCAAUUAAUUUUUGUUGCGCAUAUAGAUAUAUAUUCAUUUUCGAUUCUUCUAGGGCAUCGCCACAUCACUCUCGAAAUUUGCAAAAUGGGAAGGAACUUCCCACUAGAACAUGGCCAGAUGCCCCCGCCACAUUUUUGUCUUUUUCACAUUUCGAGAGUGGUGUGGCGAGGCCCCUAGAAAAGGUUGAAGGGCAACUUGAGCGGGGAGGAGAGAGGAGAGGAGGUUGAGAGGCUGCAGGUCGUGCCUGUGAGAUUGGAGGACGGAUGUGCGAGAUAGGAGAUUGCCAACCUGCAUGGCGACGGACGUAGAAGCGGGAGGGAGAAAGUGUUGAAGAAGACAGACGCCAUAGCCAACUUGAGCCGGGAGGACGGAGGAAGUUGAUCUUGACAGGAGGGCAGGAAGGAAACGUCUAUGAAUAGCGGGAGGAAAUCGAGCAGCGAGGACGGAGGAUGCGGGAAGGAGGAGCCAUCACUGCCCGAUAUAAGGGGUGACGACAGGACAUCGGUGGUCAUCGUGCAGGUGCGCAGAUGAUAGGGGAUCAAGGUAUCAUCAAGGAUGCUUUCAACCACAGCACAUGACUACAGAGACGACACGGACCAUUGGGCAAACAACAUCAGCGCGCUCCACCUCUCCCUCCCUCCUUCCUCGAAGCCGGCUGCGACAUCCCGCUCCACACGG